UUGUGCAUGUCGUUUCAUUCGGAGCGGCUUUGCGUUGUGACGUCAUCGCGCUUUUGUGCAAUAUAUGCAGGGACGUCAUCGCGUCGUGACGCCAUUCUCUCUUCGCGGGGACCUUAAGAUGGCGUCGUACAGAGGUGGUGGUGGUAGCUACUACCGUGGGGAUAACAGUGGCAAUUGGGACAAUGAUGGAAGGAGGUCGACAAGAGCUUCUGAUGUGCAAGACUCAUACGAAGCCAUGCAUAAAGACAACAGAAGUGACGGUAAUUACAGCACAGCUGCUGCGCUGCUGAGCACCAUGCUGAAGAUGAUGACUUCGGACGGAUCCCAGCCUGCCGCCUCAGUCUCAGAAUCGGGCUAUCCGAAGGAUUGGUCGUCGUCACAAGAGUACAGCUAUCGCAGAUCGAAUGACUCAUCACAGCUAGGAUCCGGUUAUAGUGCAGGCUACAGCGAGCCUUACAACAGUCAGAUGCCCCGUCAAACCACCGACUACAACUACCAGCCGCGCAGUGGGCAGCAGAACCAAGGCCAAUAUGGCCGCAGCAGCAGCAGCUCAUGGCAGCCCUAUAAUGCUUGGCAGGACAGGGGGCAUGGCUACUCGAAGGGGCAUGACUUCUCGCAGGGCACUGGAUGGCAGCCGAGUGGUCGGGGCAAGCGGGGCAAAUUUGUGGGCAGCUACCGAGGACGUGGCGGUAUGCCCAAUGCGCAGUGGAAAUCUGACGGGCAGGGCUACGGAAACCAGACUGCCAGGCCUGGGCAGGGCUCUUCGAAUUGGUCCAGUCAGCGCUCAGGCUCUCAGGGUCAGGCGGGGAAGUUUGACUUGCGCAGCCAACCAGCUAAGCAGACCCCUGUGAGCGGGGCCAAGGUUCCAAGUCUUGUUGGUGGUGUAGGGCAGAGAAAAGAGAGCACUGCGCCAAAGGGCCAGGUCGGCCAGCAGAGCUUGCCGGCCAAGGCUGCCCCCACUACCAAGGCAGUUGGCACGGGGCUGUCCAAAAACCAAAAGCGGAAAAUGAAGUGGCUUCCAAACAAGAUCAACGCGAACCCGGCGAUGGUGCCCGCUCAGAAGCUGCCGUCCUCAGGCGCCCAGCCGGGGGAUGGGGCUUCUGCAGCAGAGAAGGGCCACCUCGGCAAGCAGCCGGUGAGCAGUGCCGGCUCGGAGGUGGGCGGCGGCGCCUGCACGGGACCGUCUGGCAUGGCCAAUGUGCCGUCUGCCGGCGAGGCAAACGAAGUGACAAAUAUACAGCAGUCUGGAGGCACAGUGAAGAGGAAACUGACCCAGGGUGAGCAGCCGUUGGCCAAAAAAACCAAAUUUGAAGAUCACUCACCAGAGAGUGAAACCACCAGUAUAUUUGGAGGACUAUGGUCAACGAAACCCAAGGGCCCUAGACGCAAAGGUACCAAAAAGCCACAGUAUGGCUGCAGCCUCUGCCAGAUCCGCACGAACAAAGCGUUCUUCAUCAAGGGACACUUGGAGAGUGUGUACCACCAACAGUCGCUCGCUUUCCUUGAAGAGGAGUUCGACAAGGAUGUCUCCAAGUUCCUGCAUAAGCUAAUCUGGAGGAAAGCCGAUUUUGUUAUGAAGCGGGGAAACGAAUCUAAGUGCGUCCUUGGCAACAGUGACGACAUCUUCACGCGGACUUCAAAGCGAGCAGAAAGAGAAGCAAUCGUUCUGGAUGAAGCACUGGAGAUGAGAACAGCAGUGCAGUGUCAUGCCUGCAAUAUGUUUGUGCCGUACACAUUUUCAAUGGUGGCUCAGCACCUUGAAUCUCCGGAGCACCAGCAGAAUAAAUUGGUGUACGUGACUGAAAGGAAGACGGUGGUGGUUGCUGUUGCCAAGAGCAUUCUGGGAAACGACAACAACUCCGUCCUCCUCAAGCACUUCAAAGAGGGCAAAGAACCCUUUAACAACCCCGAAUAUGAACACCUCUUCAUUUUCUCUGGCCAUGGCAAGAAGCAGAAUCCAGUGGUAGUGGCCAGCGAAGAAACCAGCAAAGAAACAGCCGCUAAAGAUGAUGCAGAAGCCGGGGAGGCAGCAGCCGAGCUGGCUACGCAGCAGAGCUCUGAGCAGACACCCGCUGAUGACGGAGAGAUGCAAGGCACUGCACAGGAAGGUGCAGACGAUGAUCUUCUGAAAGAAGACGAGCUCGCAGAGGCUGUCGCUGGGGAGCCCAAGUUGUCGGAGGGUACCACUGCUGACGGUGUUUCAGGCGAAGAUGUGGCCAAUCCCCCUUUUGACCAUUUGGAAACAGAAACGCAGGAGGGCGAUCUCGGAGGAGAUGGAGUUGUUGUUGACUACGACGGCGAAGAGGCGGGGAGCCACGGAGACUGCGCCGCCACCGUGCCGGCAGGAGAAGAAGAAGAAUCGUUUCUUGGCUCCGUUGCUCAGGGCGAUGCUCAGGAAGGGCAAUACGUAGAUGGUGAGGAGUCGGCGUCUGCUGUCAAGACGACGUCUGUCCUGGAAGAGGCGGUGUCGCUGCCCGCAGAAACCCCUCCAUUUUUUGAGGACACCAUCCCGUCCGAUUGGAGCCUGGGGAACGCGAGCGUGGAGGCGCCCAUCGUCAUGAGAGGAAGAGGAACGGCCGCCGUUGCCCGAAAAAGUUCGUACGUGACGCGGAAGGCCGGGAGGGGUCGUGGUGGGGCCAGCAAAUCUAAGGCCACAUAGAGGGCCUUGUUUCAAUGCACAAGUUUAUUUGCAAAAUGUGCAGCCCAUUUUUUUUAUUUCCUCCAAUUUCUGCCGUCAUCGUUUUCAGGUCUUUGGUAUGCACGUUGGACGACGGCAUGCAUUACUGAAGUUGGGCCACAUGUUUGCAAUGUUAACUAAUGCCCCAUACACACGUCUUUCAAAUCCGGCCAGUGCCCUAAUGACAUCGUCGCAAUGGGUUAAGUGCUCUUGUCACGCCAGCGUGUUAUAUUGUUCAUCAGACCCUUCACUGUCAUUCUCCCUGUGUGAGUGGUGGCGUGGUUUUGUUAUGCAUGCUGAACGUCUUUCACACCGAACGUAGCCAGCCGUGCUAAUUGGAGGUGUGGGGGAAGGACUACAAACUAAAAACAAAAAGCAGUUCUGAAGAAAUCAGCUUUCAAUCCAGAUUUUUUUAAGUGAAUAGCUCCAGUGGCUUAUUAAUAUCGGAAGGAAGAGCGUUCCAGAUGGCCCCAGAAGCGCCAUCUGAAAGUGCGCAAUGCAGUCACCAGCUUUGUUCGAUGGUUAGCCAAAAGUCCUUGUGAGAAUGACCAGAGUUUCUGUGAUGGUUAAUGAUUGAUUCAGGAUUUAACACAUUGCAGUUUUCAGGAUGUACAAUUUGGUUUUUAAAUGGACCAAGAUUGUUAAAAUAAGCUUUUGAUAAAAUGUUAAACGUGUUCCAUAUAUCAGAAUAGGUUGUUCCGUUUUAUCUGGCAACAAAACAGAUGUUGAGAUGUUAAAACAACUGAAAUGUAAUGAGGGUGGUGUUUGAUUGAUUUGCAUGCUGCAAAGCGAGUUCAGUUUCCUGGGUUCGAAUCCUGGCAGUACAUGACAUCAGUGGCUAUUGAUAUCUGAAAUCCUGUCCUUAUAGAUUGACUGAGCCUCCGAUUAGGCACGGUUUGCUAACGUACGGUCCGAAAGAAGUUCAACUAUAUUCAUCAGUGGAAACCUGUGCGUGCUACCGAUGAUUUCACUUCCACUUUUUCACUUAACUACUAGUCCUUCAAUAGCUGCUUCCCUGACAUUUUGUAGGAAACAAUGGACCUGUGUUUAAUACCAGUAGAUUAAGUGUAUUCAAGAGCAGAUGGAGUUUUUAAUUGUAUGCUGUUAUAUGUUAAAAGACUAAUGCGGAAUUCAAUUAUCUUCCAUCAUUCAAAGUAUUGAUUUUCAGAAUCGCCCAUAGUUUCCUCCUAUAUCUGAAUUUAGGCAAGUAACAUUUAUCACAUUAAUCUACAGUGUAAGGGGUAGAAGUUUUUAAUAACUACUUGGUAAAAUAUGACCUGGUUUUAUUGUUGUUCAUUAAUGUUUUUUUGUUAUUCUAGAUUAUUGCGGAGGGGUUGGCGCUUUUGAAUGUUUAAUUUAGAUGCUUUGUUGUAGUCCAUGUGUAGUCACGUGAAGUAGAUUUUGGUUUGCCACGUGAGAAAUCCCAGAGACUAGGGUGAUUUAUUUGCGAGUGAGAUCCUGGGGUCAUGGAAAUUACAAUGCAAGUCUGUACACGUGGGAAAUUCAAAGUUGUGUCCAAAGGUAAAUGUAUUCACGAAUAAAUUCCUUCGAAUGCAA